AAAAGACGAACAACUAAAUAUGUCAGGGAUGGGGUAAGAAGGGAAGGAGGGGCAUUAACGGAAGUGAGAGAAGUCAAUGUUCAUGCCAUCAGGUUGGAGGCUACCCAGGUGUUGUUCCUCCAACCUGAAUGUGGCUUCAUCUUGACAGCAGAGGAGUCCAUGGAUAGACAUAUCAGAAUGGGAAUGGGACGUUGAAUUAAAAUGUGUGGCCACUGGGAAAUCCAGCUUUCUCUGGCGGACAGAGCGUCGGUGUUCAGCGAAAUGGUCUCCCAGUCUGCGUCGGGUCUCACCAAUAUACAAAAGGCCACACCGGGAGAACCGGACGCAGUAUACCACACCAGCUAUCCUGACGAAGAGUCUCGGCCCGAAACGUCGGCAGUGCUUCUCCCUACAGAUGCUGCCUGGCCUGCUGUGUUCCACCAGCAUUGUGUGUGUGUUGUGUGAUUCCCCGAGUCUGCAGCGCGCGUAGUGGACAAUCGCGGUACUGCAGGGGAUCAGCAACUCCCCGAAAGUGAAAGCAUUCUGAAUCAGGAAGUGCCGGAGUUAACAUGGCUUCGAAAAGGAAGGCCGAGAGUUGGACCGAGGAGGUAAUUUGUCCCGUCUGCCUGGAUUUCUUCACCGAUCCGGUUAUACUGGAGUGUGGACACAACUUCUGUCGCUCUUGUAUCACACAGUAUUGGGAAAGGGAGGAGAGAAACUCCUGCCCGGAAUGUAGAAAGGUGUUUGCUGACCGCACCCUCAGGGUGAAUCGGGCCUUAGCAAAUCUGGCUGAAAAAGCUCGAAAUCUAAACCUGAAUCCGAAAGGGAAGGAAAGUAAACGUCACUGCGAGGAACAUGAGGAAGAACUGAAGCUGUUUUGUGAAACGGACAAGACACUGAUCUGUGUGGUCUGUGCAGCUGCGCAGGAACACAGAGAGCAUCGAUUUGUGCUGAUUAAAGAGGCUGUUAAAAACUAUAAGGAUCAGCUAAAAUCUUCCUUAGACUCUCUCACAAAAAAGAAAUCAGACUUCCAGGAAAAGGAGCAGCAACAGAAAGAGAAGAUUUCCGGAGUUCGGGAACAGUCACACAGUGUUCAGUCCCACAUCACAUCCCAGUUUGCUGAACUGCGCCAGAUUAUCACUGAGAAAGAGCAGAGCUUACUCAGGGAUCUCAGGAAAGAAGAGAAGAGGAUUCUCAACCCAAUGGAGAAAAAUCUUCUAGCACUUCAAGAGAAUAUAAGGAUUAUUCAGGAGGAAAUCACUAAGUUAAAGGAACAGAUGGAUCAGAAAGCUGGUGUGAUAUUUCUCAAGGAGGAAGCUCGUCGGAACAGAAGGAUUAAUGACGAUGUCCAGGAAUUGUCAGUGACAGAUGAGACCCUACCGGUUGAAAAAUUCGAUCACCUCUAUUUGUUGAACACAGUGCUGAGAGAAACGCUUGAUGCUAUUAAUCAAGUUUCGAAGAAUGAGAGGAGAUCUCAUGGAAACACAAAAUUCUUUCAGGGAUCAACAGGCAGGAGUGAGGGAGGAUGUUUCCCCUGUCCAGCGGAAAACCCUUGUGGAGACAUCUGCUUUUGUCGAAUCAAAGUCUCUGUCACCCUGGAUGUGGACACGGCGCAUCCGUGUCUCGAGGUGUCUGAGGAUCGGAAGAGUGUGAGACGGACCCGGACCUGGAGGAAUCUCCCUGACACCGGGAAGAGAUUCAUAGACUGGGAAUGUGUUCUGGGAUCGGAGGGAUUCACAUCGGGGAGACAUUACUGGGAGGUGUAGGUGACGGGGAUUCGGGACUGGGGUCUGGGAGUCGCCGCAGAGUCUGUGGAGAGGAAGAGACCGGUCAGUCUGAGUCCGGAGACCGGAUUCUGGAUCAUCAGGCGGGAUCGUGACGUGUUACAUCGGGAUUAUGACGUGUCCGGUCUCAUCUCCCCCGAGACCCGUCUCGCUGCCGGUCCCAUCCCCGGGAGGGUGGGAGUUUAUCUCAGUUACGAGUCCGGGACAGUUUCAUUUUACAACGCGGAGACCAAAUCCCAUCUCCACACCUUCACUGGGAAUAAAUUCACGGGGAAACUUUAUCCUUUCUUCCGGACCUGGAGUGUAAAUCAGUGGCUGAGAAUCUGCUCCGGUUCCGCUCCAGGUCUGUAAACGGGUCGGGUCCCGGGACCGGCGCCAGGAGUAAAGUCCCUGUAAAUAUAAAUGUGCGGAGAGUGCAGCUAAAUAGGUGGCUAAGGGGAUGGUGCAGG